AUGAAAAAGGUUGCAAGUAAAACAAAUGACUCUGCUAGUGAUGGAACAACAACUGCUUCUGUUCUUGCUCGAGAAAUAAUUAAGCUUGGACUUCUUAGUGUGACUUCUGGUGCUAAUCCUGUGUCAAUCAAAAGAGGGAUCGAUAAAACUGUUCACGGUUUGGUAGAGGCUGUUGCUACUAUUUCUGCUGGAAAUGAUGAGUUUAUUGGAAAAAUGAUUGCUGAGGCAAUUGAUAAGGUUGGACCUGAUGGUGUUUUAUCCAUUAAGUCUUCGUCGUCGUUUGAGAUAACAGUUGAAGUUGAAGAAGGAAUGGAGAUUGACAGAGGGUACAUCUCCCCUCAAUUUGUUACGAACUCGGAGAAGUCGAUUGUUGAAUUUGAGAAUGCAAGAGUCUUGGUUACUGAUCAGAAGAUUUCAGCUAUAAAAGAUAUAAUUCCUCUGUUGGUGUAA